AGACUCAAGCUUCUUGAUACAACGCGACGUUUUCAAUAUAUUCUAAUACUCGAAAUCCUAACGUACUACGGUUCAUACGUUAUAGCGUUUUAGCUCUUUCCAUUUUAUCCAGAUAAACUGUAAUUGAAACUAAUCCUUCUAACAAGUGCACGAAGGAUGAGCCGCUUUGUGGUUUCUUUGAAUAAUUAAAAAAAAAAACGUAGGGCAAAGCGGCAUCCGAAAGGGAGGGUGACCAAUGAGCCAGUAAUGGGGUGAAUUUUGGCGCAAGUAGCUUCAGUGCUUCUGCGGGGUUCUAUCUGGGAAGAAUGUGCGUCCGCCUAUUUGCAACAAUUCUUGAGUAAAUCAUCGAUUUUUCGCGAAGCUCGUUACUCGCAGACGUAAAUAGAGUUGAAAAAACUCUGGAAAACAGUAAAUAAUCAGUUGCGAUCGAUCCAUCGUGCAAUUCGCAACGGAUCAGCAGUGGUUCGGAGCAAUUCACCCUCCCUGUUUGAAGGAAUAAGUGCUCCUUAAGCUCUCCCGGGUGAUAAUGUCUCCUUUCUACGUUGGAAGUUACGGGGAUGACGAAGCGGCUCGCCCCGAGCACCAUCCCUAUACGUCAAGGCGAUUUAAACGAAACUUGCACGAGGAGCGCGACAGGAAAUGUCGUACAGUGAUGGCGGGCGCUCGGUACGAAAGUCCAGUACGAAGUCGCCGAAAAAGUUACGCGUGACGAAGGCCGAAAACAGUGAUAAGACUACUACGACGAUAAGCUACAAUCAUCACAAUCAUCACGGGCAUCGGUUCACCGACAAUCCUCAGCCUUCCGUGCACAAGCGCAACCUAUACAUUGUUUCUUUUCCGCUUAUUCUUCUGUUUAAUGUCCUACGAACUCUUCUCUAUCAGCUGUUCGUUAUCUUCAAAUACCUCUAUGCCUCAACUUCCCAUCUACUUCAACGACGACAGGUUGUGAGAAACACCUGUCAGUUGGAGAUUGUUGUUGGACAAGAAUCAUCAGAGGGUCUUCUUAGUGUUUCUACUGGACUCCGAUCCACUGAGGAGAUGUCACAAACUUCUCGAAGACCUGCUGGACCAGGACCAGGGGAUCCAUUGCUUGCAAAGCAGAAGCAUCAUCAUCGAAGGGCUUUUGAGUUUAUUAGCAAGGCUCUGAAGAUUGAUGAGGAGAAUGAAGGGCAAAAAGAAAUGGCGAUCGAGCUCUACAAGAAAGGAAUUGGAGAAUUGGAGAAAGGAAUAGCUGUGGAGUGCAAAGGCGGUCGUGGUGAGGUUUGGGAACGUGCACAGAGGCUACAGGAAAAGAUGCGUACAAAUUUAUCCAUGGCAAAAGACCGUCUCGACUUUCUUGCAAGUGUUUGCGAGCUGAAAAAACUGGAAAUCUGCGAAGAGGCACAAGAAGAUGGACAGCAUAAAGAAGAAGAACAUCAAAGAAAAUAUCUAAGAGCAAGGCGUAUCUCUCAGAAUACACAAACUCAUAACACCCUGACACAGACAAAUAAUAAGACCACAGCCAACGUACAACAGACACUGGACUCGACCCAGAAUACAUUUCCACAAAUACCCCCAAAAACUAGCCAAAGGCCACGCUCUCCAAAAAAUCAUUACGCUCGUGCCGCAGAAGCAUCAGGACGAAAAUUGGCUGUGCCUGGAAAACGAAUAGCUGGUUCGGUAAUGAGUAAGAGUCAAACGUUGCCUCGAAGUAUGGGUCGUUCGACUCCUACAUUGCCUUGCCAUAGAACAACACCGAUAAAGCCAUCCUCGACGCCACCAUCGGUGAAGAGACAACUAUCUGUACCUGGAAACGGUUCGCCAGUAAGAAGACCCGGCACGCCAAGUGGUACGAGUAGCAACAAGGGGACUCCCACAAGAAAAGCACCGACUUUGAAAGGUGUAGAUCCAAAAUUGGCCCAGGUAAUCCUGGACGAAAUUUUGGAAGGUGGAACGGCUGUGCACUGGGAAGAUAUUGCAGGGCAAGAGACUGCCAAACAAGCCCUUCAGGAGAUGGUGAUUUUACCAUCCCUGCGUCCAGAGCUUUUUACAGGAUUGCGAACACCUUCCAGGGGACUUUUGCUUUUUGGACCUCCUGGUAACGGCAAGACUCUCUUGGCACGUGCAGUGGCUACGCAAUGCAAUGCAACUUUCUUCUCGAUAUCUGCGGCUAGUCUGACUUCCAAGUAUGUCGGAGAGGGCGAGAAAUUGGUCAGGGCGUUGUUCGCCAUUGCCAGACAACUACAACCGUCCGUAAUAUUCAUUGACGAGGUGGAUUCACUUCUGAGCGAACGAAAGGAUAAUGAGCACGAGGCAUCAAGGAGAUUGAAAACCGAAUUCCUGGUCGAAUUCGACGGACUACCGUGUAGUCCAGAGGAGCGAAUACUCGUGAUGGCAGCCACGAAUAGGCCUCAAGAAUUAGACGAGGCUGCGCUUAGAAGAUUCUCCAAGAGGGUGUACGUGACUCUACCGAAUCUACAGACCAGAAUACUUUUACUGAGAAGACUUUUGAGUAAGCACAAUUAUAACCUGACGCAUGAAGAGCUCAACCAAAUGGCAGUCUUGACCGAAGGCUAUUCCGGAAGUGACUUGACUGGUCUGGCCAAGGAUGCUGCCCUUGGACCCAUCAGAGAACUCAAUCCCGAGCAAGUGAAGGAGAUGGACGCGAAUUUAGUACGUAGUAUAACGAUGCAAGAUUUUCUUGAUUCUCUCAAGAGAAUUCGCAGAUCCGUGUCGCCCGCGAGUCUCGCUGCUUAUGAAAAAUGGAGUCUGGAGUACGGCGACGUGAGUCUUUGAUUAUCGAAAGUGCCUCGUAAGGGACUGCGUGACUAGUUGCAUUCUGGCGUUUCUAUGCUCCGGUUACGCAGAGUCUGUAAGUAGUUAAAACAAGAGCAAAAAAGCGAUGCGAGCAAAAAGAAGCACGAGAGCACUACUACAUAGUUGUUAUGACAUUUUAAAAGCACACGAUGUAUUUAAAGUACACGUAGGCUUUCGAAUCUCUUAAGCAAAUUCCAAAUUAGGCAUAGCGUAAUAGAAUUUAGUGGCCAUAGACAAACGUCCAAUUAUCAGUCAUCUGAAGAUGUAGAUUUCGAGGUACACCACUUCCUCUAGGGUAUUAUAGCCUUACUACGUACAAUACUUAGAUAAGAAUUGAGCAUUAUCGUAGUAAUCCAUGAAAGUUAUAUAUCUUCUUUUUUACAUUAGAUUUAUCUACUUCUUAAGAUGAAAUCUUUCAUACCGAACUCUAUAGAAAAUUUUGGCAAUUUUUUCCUUUGUUAACAAAGUCAAUUAUGUAUUUUAUUCUCCAGGUCUUCUUCAAACUGUUGCCUUCGUAAGACAGUAUUACCAUACGUACAAAUUAUUGCUUAUUCGAUUAAUGAAACUAUGAGCAACCUAUUAUUAUUCGAUGGCUCCCAAUAUUUUUUGUUAUCCUAAGAUCGGUGUAAGACUAAAACAUCCUGGGGAUACGAAAGUAUAUACGAACAUUUGCUUUUAUGAAAAGAGAGAAAGAGAAAUUGAUAAGAAUUGAAAAAUAUCGAAAAAAUAGAAAUGAUAAAACACAUCCAUAAUCGCAACAGUGCACGUCCAAUGAGAUAAUAACGAGAAUAAAAGAAAAAAGGGUGAUUAGAAUGUAGGAAACUGUUUUAUCGUAGCGUCGCACAAUCUCUUUAAAAGAGCGACAAUUCAUAUUCAAAUUGUCAAUACAAAAUCGAAGUAUGCGAUCACUAUGAAUUAAACUCUUCUUAGAUUCUUCACUCAUAAUAACUUUCGUUAAACCAUUCAUAAUAAAGUUACCACUGUUUUGUGCUUCUCCAGAGAAACUCUUAAAAUCCUCCAAUUAAAUACUGUUGUAAAUGACACUAUUACGUAUAAAUGAUAAUAAUAUUUGUAACCAUGUACAUACCAUGCAAUACGUAUAUUUCAUAUCGAAAUUGUGUAAAGGGUCACUAUAACUUUUUAUCAGGAGUCGAGAAUUCAUCUAUAUACUUAUUCGCAAAAUUCUAAACAAUAUUGUACAGAGCAAAGAGCAAAGAUUAUAAUUGGAUCGCAAGUAAAACUUGAUACUUUGGGUAUGCGUGUGAAUAUAGGAGUGUAUUCUGAUUCCCACGUUGAAUUAUUGAUUUAAAUGCAAAAUUUAUUGCCUGAAACAACGAAGCAAGAAUAAGAAGCGUACCCCAUCGAGAAUAUUAACUUAAUGUUAUUGAAGAAAGAAAAAAGAAACAUGAUUAGUCACAAUUUACUAUUAAUAUUUUAUCUUUUUGAUAAGAACGUAGAGGCAGAUUUUCAGAUAAGUUUGCCAUGCGUUCAAUCGAUUCUUCAAAUAUUUCAACGACGAAUUAGUAAAAACGUAAAAAGUUAUUGUAAAAAUAGUUAUAGGUUUUUGUUAUUCUUGUUUUUUUAUCUUAUAGCGUAACAAGUAGUCGCAACCUAAUGGUUUGCUCAAUGAUCAUCAGUACAUAAUAUAAUAAUAAAUACUUCUCUGAGUUGUUCUAGAAAAUAUUAAAACGUUACAAAGUUUUCACGCUUUCAUAUUUGUAAUCUGUUGUUUCGUUGCGUAUGUUAUUCUUCUUUUAAAUUAUCGUUACAUUAAAAUUAUACAAAUGUCCGUUCUGUGAAUGGUAAUUAGAGGUGUGAUACAUAGAGAUAGUUAAAAUAAAAAAUGAUAACGGAAACAAUGUUUCAGCAAAAAAAGAUGCGUUAACGGAGCUUCUUUGUUUCUCUUGUAAGCUUUUAAUUUGAUAAAAUCUUUCUGCUUCCUUCCUGACGUAAACCAUUGUAUUCGACAAUGCAGGUCAAAGUUUAAGUGUUUCUGAAGUCAGUAAUAUCUAAGAGCCUUGAAGCACUAUUAGCACGUGGGACAAAAUGAAAAGUCUCCUCCGAAUGCGACAAAACUUUCUUACCGUCGUUAUAAAAAUUUUUGUUUAAAUUCUAUUAAACGCCCCCUAUUGUUUUUCAAUGAAAAUCGCGUAUCGUAUCCAUGUACAGAACUAAAUCGAGCGUUAUGCGAAUUCAGGAAUAACAUUUAAAAAAAAAGAAGCAAGGAUACGAACGCGUCGAGCGAAAUUAAGUUAUAAACUGAUAAUUACUCAUGAAUAAUUUAUCUAAGAUUAAAUUGCCAAGUUAUAAAUAUUCCGUUAUACGAGUGUUAAGAUUUUCAAAUAUCUCUCGUAUAUUCCAAUACGAAUAAUUUUAUCUCUUUGCAGUCCUAAUACUUAUUGCCUUAAGAUCAAUUGUACAUAAGAAAUAAAAUAUAAUAACAACCUUUGUUCACGGUAAUUUUGUUACUUUUACUUUGUAUUUUCCGAAUUGCUGUUGUUAUUAUAUACAGGGUAUACAAGAAAGCGAAUGAAAGCACGUAUACAAAAAGCUCGAAUCUCUCUCUAAUAUCCGAUACGCAAUACAAACUGUCCCUCUACCAAUUUCUCGAAUUGUUCGUUACGCGCCAUAACAGACUGUACAACUGUACAAUUAUACAAGUAAUGAAAAGAUAACAGGGAUAACAACGCUUUACCUAUGAAUUGGGUAUCGCCCAAACUCUUCUUCCAACUCGCACGUUACAACAAGGAAACAGCUCAGCCCUUAACCGGUUAUUUUGCUACUUUUAUAAAUUCUAGCGAUAAUUAAAUUAAGAGUGCGACACUAAUUAAAGAAAUCGAUGCAUUGUAUUUCGUAAUUAAUGUUAUAAGUUAAGCCUAUUAAAACUGUAUUACUAUGGAGAAAGGAACGCGCUUCGUAUACAAUUAUUAUCGUAAUAAAUUUUCUAUAAAGAUUCUUCCUACAGGCGCGGCAACUCGUAUUUCACUUUAUUUAAUACUCAUACUCGUGUUAUAAUAAUUAUAUUUAUAAAUAAUGAAAAUAUUUAUAUUAAAUUGUGUGACGCGUGGCAACGACCGAUGUAUAUAUAUAUAUAUUGGAUUUGAUGAAAUAUAUUGUACGAAGCAUAUAAGAAUGUCGAUCACCUUAUAAAGAUAUUGGACGGGGGUGGAGGUUAUGUCUAAUUUUGAUUGAUACGUCAUUCGAUGAAGUACGAUUUGAAUGAAUUAUUCCAGUUAAUCAAAUUCAAUAUAACAUUAUACAGCUAGAUUGAAGUAUUUCCUAUGGAAGAUGUGGAUUUAAUAGCUCUUAGAGCUUAGCAAUGCCUUGUUCUGUUUACUUCAGUCCUUUGUAAUAUUUAUGUAUUAUUAAUUUUAUUAUGUGCAAUUGUUAUCUCACUGAUAAAUCAGUUUUCAUUCAAAGUCAUAUAUAUAUAUGUCUUAUAUUCUAUAGAUCUUUUUUUUCUUGUGCCUAUUUUGUAUAGGCGGAACAGGAAAUUCGCACUAUGUACGUAAAGAAGAUUGACUCGAACGUUUAUCGGACUUUGUUUUUGAUUUAUACUAUAUAUAUUUUUUUUACGUUUUAACAAUGUGGAAUUCUUUAUAAUUACGCGAAAAGUGGUAAUAACGUUUUAUCAUUUCUAUGCGCACCUGUGAGAUUUCUCUAGUCCCCCUUAUGUACAUAUUUCGAUGCGUCAUUAAAAUGAUAAUGAUACAUUAUAUUCUCGUAAGAAAAGCGUUCUUACGAGAAUAAUAAGAAUUACUGUCGAAUGUUAAUUAAUUAAUAAAAUGAUAUUACAAUACUGUA